UGAGAAUAAAACGUUAUUCCAAGGAUAAGAUUUAUACGCCCAAUUUUGAACGAAUACGGAGAUAUUCCUUGGUUAAAAAUGGCCGCCACGUCAUAUCAGCUGUCAGGAUUCAUAGAACACAGACAUUUUGUUUGAUCCCGAGUUUGUUGUGGUUGUUCCCUCAGAGUUGUUCCUGUUUUCUUUCCUUGAUCUAAUUAUCACAACUAUAGAUAAUGCAACGUUUAAGAAGAAUUAUUUACGAAAGUGACAGUGAUGAUGAUAGCGAAAACGAAAACUAUGCUGUUAGGCGUCCAAGAUGGAUAAAAGAAAGAAAUGAUCAUUUCAACAACUACGACGAUGAAGACUUCAGGAUAAGAUUUCGGUUAUCCAAGGUCGCAACAUAUAAUUUAUUGGUGAAAAUUGAAAACCGUUUAGAAUUCAUAUCUGAGAGGAAUCAAUCAGUUUCUCCAGUCAACCAGCUUUUAGCCACCUUAAGAUUUUAUGCCACAAAUAAUACACAACUGACGAUAGGUGAUUUCAGUGGGCUCAGCGUACCCACAGCGCACAGGAUAAUACAUAGAGUUAGUGCUGCCAUAGCAUCACUUCACCAUGAAUACAUAAAAUUUCCAAACACGCAACAGGAGAUUCGACAAAAUCAACAGGAAUUUUAUCGUUUAGCACGAUUUCCUAGAGUGAUUGGAGCAAUGGACUGCACACAUAUUCGUAUUUCUUCACCCGGAGGCGAACAGGCAGAACUGUUUAGAAACCGUAAAGGUUACUUUUCUAUUAAUGUCCAGACCAUAUGCAAUGCAAAUUUGGAGAUUAUAGACAUUGUUGCAAGAUGGCCUGGAUCAGCACAUGACAGCCUUAUUUUCAACAAUUGUUGCCGUAAAGCAAAAUUUGAAGCUGGUGAAUAUGGUGAAGGAAUUUUGCUUGUUGAUGGUGGAUAUGCAGCCACAUUCUAUUCUAUGCCUCCACUAGAAAAUCCCAGAACACCAGUGGAGCACCUUUACAACGAGUCGCAAAUAAGAACAAGAAAUCCUGUAGAGAGGUCUUAUGGUGUUUGGAAAAGAAGAUUUCCAGCACUAUCUUUAGGGCUACGAGUGAAGUUAAACAAGGCCUUGGUUAUAAUUAUGGCAACUGCUGUUCUACAUAAUAUAUUGCGUCAACGAGGAGAAGCAGUCCCGCCUGAUGAUCCAGAGGUGGAGCUUCCAGCACCUUGGGAGGUGCUCUUACAAAAUGGGCAAAUAAGAUAUGAAAAUGAGGACUCAGGAACUCCUCGAGGAAAUAGAGCUAGAGAGUUACUGAUAAAUAACUACUUUAGAAAUCUUAUGUAGUUUAUUAUUUUAAGAUAAAACUAAACAAUAAAGAAACAACUUUUUCAUU